AUGUCCCUCUUCAAACGCCCCGCCUGGGCGAAACAAGCACCCACAGCUGCCUCAGACGAGCCCGACGACAGCGAAACGAACAUCUUCUCGCACUCCUCGCGCUCGUACCGCGAAAUCGUCGCGGAGCAAGAGCGCAAGAAGCGCGAAAAACUCGAGCGGAAGAAGGUGAAAGAGGAGCGUCGCAACUCCGGGAAACGGGAAGUCGAGGAUGAGUUCCCGAGGGAGGAUGGGGGAUGUUUGAAGAAGCGGCGGAUUACGCAGGAGGAUGGGGAGAAUUUGUUAGGAAGCAUUGGGCUUUCGUCGAAAGUGGACUUAGGGGCGCAAGGGGGGGAUGAGUGGAAGCCGGUGGUUAUUGAGGACGAGGAGCCGGUUAGGCGGAGCCCGAGGAUGAGGCGGGGGGUGGAUGUGAGCUCGCCUAGGCGGGGGAGGAGGGGGAGGGAGGUUGUUGAGGUGGUUGGUGAUGAUGAUGAGGAGGGUGUCAGGCAGCAGGAGGAACAGAUUGUGUAUGAAGCGCCGCCGCCUGAGCCGGUGGAGGUUGAAGAGGAGUCGGACGACGAAUUCGCCGAGCUGAAGCGGAAGGCACGACUGGCGCGGCAACAGAAAGAGCUGAGCAGCAAGAAGUCGCAGACGCCAGACUUAGGCGGUCCGUCACCGAGUCCUGGCAUGGGGGCGUCAGAUACGGGACAUGGCGGUCUGCCGACACCUCCCCCAGACCCGGUCGUGGAGAUCAUGGUCACGUCGCAGAUACCCAACACCAACCCUCUUAUUGUGCACCGGAAGAUCUCGCAGCGAACGCAGGAAGUGCGGACAGCAUGGUGCGGCCGGCAGGGUUUCACGGAGGAAAUGACGCGAGAUGUCUUCUUCAUCCAUCGCAUGCGCAAAAUUUACGACGCCACUACCUGCAGAAGUCUUGGACUGUAUGUUGAUGCAUUUGGAAACGUCGUGAUGAAAGGUGCAGAGGAUAAGGAUGGUGUGGAAAAGGUGCAUCUGGAAGCUGUGACGGAGGAGAUAUUCCAGGAGAUGAAGGCGCAGAAGGCAAUAGAGGAGAAGAGGCGGAGCGGCGAGCUGCCUCCCGAAGAAGAGCCACAAGACGGCGCUGGCGCUGAGGAGGAGACUCCGGUGCCAGAAGAGCAUAUCCGUCUGACGCUGAAGGGCAAGGGGACGAAGAACUUGAGGAUAAAGGUGAAGCCGACGACGCUCUUCAGCAAAAUCGCCAACGCCUACCGCAAAUCCCAUCACCUCGACGACAGCGCCACCAUCUCCCUCGAACUCGACGGCGAGCGCCUAAAUCCAGACCAUGAAGUCCAGAGCACCGAUAUCUCGGAUCUGGACUGCUUGAUGGUGCAUGUCAACUGA